UGGUUAUUAUAGACGCGUUAUGAUUAAUACACUGAAGUAUGCAUUAAAUCACAAGGAAAUGAUUAUAGUGUAAACAAAAACACAAAAACAUAAUUACGCCGAUCAGAUAUCAUAGUUGUGAGUAUUGACUGUACAUAAUUUGACGCAUUACAUAUUAUUAUAGUUUAACAUUGCAGGUAUUUGUAAUGGACAUCUCAAAUUAUUCAUGGAAACAAUUUUUGACCCUGAUCAUUUGCGUGUGUUUCAUCAUAGUUUUACGAAGUUUUACAUUAACAAAUGUUCGUCAUAUUCCAUUUGAUGAUAUGUACUUUCAUAAUAACGGGUCCGAAGAACAAGAUGACUACAGUGAGGAUAAUGUUAAGUAUUUCCCUGCUGACCAAACAAAGUAUCCACUCUUCCAGUCAAACGUUGCAGCAGAGUUUCCAACUAUCGUAAACACUUCAUGCCGAAUACCUCAUAUCAUCCAUCAGAUAUUUAGCAAUGAAAACGUUCCUAAAGUCUUUCAAAAACCCAUGCGUUCAUUUAUUCUAUACAAUCCGACAUGGGAGUAUAGAUUUUGGACAUAUAGUUCUGGAAGAAAUUUCUUGAUAAAGCAUCAUGCUUAUCUCCUAGAUUUCUAUGAUAAGAUUGGGGAAAAUGACGUGAAAAGGUCUGAUUUGCUACGAAUGGCGAUAAUCUAUGAAUUUGGUGGUGUUUAUGCUGAUUUAGAUGUGGAGAAUUUACGGUCACUGAAUAUCACAACAACUAAAUACGCAUGUAUUUUACCACCAGAACCUUUUGAACAUUCUGGUAUUUUAUAUGGGGAAGAAGUCAUAAUAGCCACGGCUGUUCUGUUAUGUAGACCAAAGCAUCCUUUUAUCAAACAAAUACUUUUAUCCCUGCAGCAUGCCGAUCCUAAUGGCGAUCCUGUCAGUACAACUGGUCCUGAAUUUAUCACACACAUGUACCUGAAAUACAACAACAUUACAAAAUCGGAUUUACUUAAAUCUGUUGCUGACACUACGUCAAAUUCACCGUAUUUCUACAAAGGGACACGAGAUGAGGACAGUCAGGACGGAAUAUAUAUACCUAAUUCGCAAUAUUUCAUGGACAACGUCGAUCCCAUGCUGCGAAACGAAGAUGGUGAAAUAAAAGAAUGUGUUGAUAAGUCACUGGAUGCACUUUCAUUUCUAGAAAAACGUGCCUGCACAGAAUUUGAAAGUCGUAAAACAAUAAGAAAAGAGAAACAUUUUACAUUUACGAUUCAUUACUGGUUUCACCUCUGGACUUACACUGAUUCUUUUGCGAAGAAAAUGCCGCGGAUCCAUAUCAAACAAAUUAUUCCAAAGGCUAUAUCUUUUUGACGCAUGGUCUUGAACAAGAUUAUUUCUUUCUUAAGUUCCAAACAAAACUUAAACGAAUGAAAAAGGUGAAAAGAUAAAACAUAGACACAAACAUAUUAUCCAUCAAAAUGACGGAAACAAGAAUUGUCUCCAACUUCGGCCAAGAUAAACAUAUUUCAUUGUUUUAAUUAAUUUUGAAGUCUAUCUUUUAUUCUUGUUGAACAGGAUUUAAGAUGAUCAAACAUAAGUCAGUGUGAAGUAUUUGGAAUCUAGCAUAUUUUCAAUAUCUCUGGAUAUCAACUUCUUCGUCUUUUCAAUAAUCUGAUUUAUUUUCUGUGAAUUUGUAAUAUAUAAAUAACAAAAGUAUUUAGCUGAUAUACAUGGAGCACCAUCCCAAUAUUUGUCUUUUUUUAAAUGACAGUGUUGGAACAAAUGGGAAUUAACAUUAUAAAAUGCCUUUAGAGGUUAUAAUACACAUUGUUAUGCUACAGAAAAGUACUCACUAGGAAACUAUAAUAAUAAUAAUAAUAAUAAUAAUAAUAAUAAUAAUAACUCCCUUCUGGACUUAUUUACAAUGAAAAUUUCGAAGUUCAGAAGUGCUGGAAAUGAAUACCUCUUACAUUAUUGUUUAAUUUUUUUGUCCUUAACUUUUCAUUGCACAAUAUUCAAAAAGAGUUUAAAGAUAAAGGUCAGCCGAUAAAAGGCUUACCCCCGGUUAUCUUCUAGUCGUCAUUAGUUUUGUUUUGUUUUUGUUUUUUGGAAUUACUAGCACGCAGGCUUGUUUUAUUUUCGUUCCUUAUUAAUAUGUUUACUUUUUCAUCAUAAAUGUGCUAGAAUUUGAUUUUAGAAAUUAAGAUCGUUCUUACAAUUAACGUAUUUCAGGAAAAAAAUAUUUCAAACUGAUCUAUAUUUGAAUCGGUUUAAAUGAUCAAUGGUUGGGGGGGGGCAUGGUAAACAAAAACUGCAAUACGCGUGAAAUUACAGUCAUCUCUUGAACGAUUGGUGACCUUAAAUUACUAGAAAAGAUAGCCAUUGAUUUCGUUAUUUCACGAUUUUAACCAUGCAUCAAAGUUCUUUAGGUAUUAUAUAACGCGUGAGUUAUAUUGCAAUUCUAGUUAUUCUACUGUGUAAAAGGGGCAAAUAAUUGAAUUAUUGCUUGAUAAAUAUUUACACAUUAUAAUUGUUAUUGUACUUAAAUUUUUUUUAUGGAAAAAUAACCGUUGGCUUGUUUUAAGAUAUAAAUAUGACAUGAACUAUAUUGAAUAUUAAAAGAUUUAACCUUUAAAAACAAACUUAAUACAAGGAAACAGUUGUGAUAAUUAGUUGUGAACAGUUUUUUGCGGUUUUCAUGUUUGUUUUUAUAAUGAGAGUUAUUUAAAUGUAUUGAUUUGAAAGAUAUAAAGAAUAUAAGAAAACACAUUUGCUUGAAGAAAAUGAUGUGGUAUAACUCUAACGCUCAAACGAUGAAAACAUUUUUCCUACUGUGUCUAGUGACAUGCAUGUUCUUGUACUGUGGACUUCAGAUAUUCAAGAUAGAAGACUUAAAGAUGCAUUAUGCAAAAACCAAAGAAUUAAAGAAGGAAGAAAUGAACGAAGAAGAAAAUGUGCGCGACCUAAUAGAAUUAGAACAUAAAAAACUUGCUGAACCAAGAUUAGAAGUGCUGCAUAACUUCAAGUAUCCUAUUUAUCAACCCAGCGAGCCAGCAGAAUUUCCGCACGUUGUAAACGGAACAAUCAGGAUCCCUCAUAUCAUUCAUCAGAUCUGCAACACCGCGUCCAUUCCUGACAAUUUCUUACUCGCAAUGAGGUCAUUUGUGAAGUACAACCCUACAUGGGAAUACAGAUUUUGGACUUAUAAAUCUGGGCACAACUUUCUCAGGAAAUAUCAUCCCUAUCUAGUGGAUAUAUAUGACAGUUUCGGGGAGAAUGAUGUGAAGAAAUCUGAUCUGCUGCGGUUAGCUGUGCUAUAUGAAUAUGGCGGUGUGUAUGCUGACUUAGAUGUAUCUAAUGUACGAUCACUUAAUAUUACAACAACCAAGUAUGCAUGUAUUAUACCAACUGAACCGUUCGAGCAUGCCGGUCUCCUAUAUCGACAAGAAUUUGUAUUGACCACUUCAGUGUUACUAUGUCGUCCUAAACACCCUUUCUUUGAAAGACUUCUUUUGCAAUUGCAGAUUGCUCGUCCCAGAGGCCAUCCUGUGACUACAACAGGACCUGCGUUCCUCACUGGUAUGUAUUUAAAAUACAAUAACAUAACCUGGAGUGAUGUAUCUGUUUUUAUAGUAAACGGCACGCAAUCCAAUGCACCAUAUUUCUUCAAAGGACAUAGAGACGAAGAGAAUGAUGAUGCCAUAUAUAUUCCGAACGGUCAAUACUUUGGGGACAAGAUAGAUCCCUCUUGGAUAAAUGGUGCUGGUGAACUUAAAGCAUGUGGUUUAACGAAGGAAACUGAUAUACACACUCUACGAUCAUGUAAAGAGUUCGAAAGUCGUAAAGCAGUUAGGAAAGAAAAACUUUAUACCUUCACAGUUCACCACUGGUUUCAUUGGUGGGUUCAAGGGGAGGAUUUUAACAAAUUUCUCCAAACUUACGAUAUCAAGGAAGUUAUUCCUAAAGCCAUUCUAUUCGAAGAGUAAGACAUUAACAAGUAACGUAUGGCGUAAACAUACUUCAUUAUCUUGUGUGUUACAUAUAUACAAGCAGACAUCCCAUACAGCUUCGUGUAUUAUAGAAUGUAUCUUUAUAUUGUGAUUUUAUAUAUUUUAGCAACUUUAUUGUAGUGUUGCUUUCAAGCAUACUAUGAUCAAAUUCAUCUUUGAUUGGCGUGCAUGUUAAAUUGUAAAUAAAGAAAUGACUUAUUCAUCGUUAAUAUGUUUAAUAAUCUUGGUAUAUACUCAACAUCACUAAUUUUGCGUCAUUACUUAUUUCACUGUAAUGGCAUAGUUCGAUAUGAAUAGUGUUAAGGUUGGUCUUGGUCAGAAUUGACAUAUAUAAUAUUUAGUCAUACACCUAAGCAACAAAUUUGUGUGUAAAAUAUUUUAAUUCUGAAGCUUUUUCAGAACAACAUUUUGCCCAUUUCUGCAAAAAGCCGCCAUAGUCCAUUCAAACAUGCGCAUACGUCAGAAACAAUCAUCAUUUUCUAAAUGAUCAAUAUUGUUGAAAAGAAAUCAAUUUUAAGUAACAAUGUAAAGAUAGCUUAAUAUUUAAAACUGAGCAAUAUUAAUUUAGUAAUUUUAACUGAAACAUGGAAAAACUAUGUUAUCCCAAUUAUUGUCAUUUAAAUGAUGUCUUUUUGUUUUCAAAAUGGCCGACCUAUGAUCU